AUGCUGCGUCUUCUUCCGGGAAAACAACUGCGGGCGUUUGGGAAAGGCCCGUUCUUCCAAUCAGCCCGCUGGCGGUCUAGUCAAAACCACGUUGUGUCCAUUUCCGCGUUGCUGCUGAAUCGUCGACAUUUACCUUCGCAUCUCGACGCUGUCGCUCAGAAUGGCGGCUCUGUCGCGAGACGACAACCUUACAGCACGCAGCCAGCCGAUGGAGCACCAAAUCCCAGCCCAAUGGCUAAUAUGUCCGAAGAAGAGGCGCUACUGAGGAUUGAGCGGAUAGAAAGUCUUGGAGAUGUAUUCCACACCGUCCCUCAUGACUCGCCGGAGCGCCUCGCUGCCGCCUACCUCCUCUUGUGUGAAGUGCUCGCCUACCUUUCGCGACAUGGGGAGGAGGCGCCAGCGUAUAUCAGUAUUUUCACGAAUACCGCCGUGCCUGCCGACUCCGACGUGGCUCGUGCCAGGAAAGCGAUCUUCACAACAACAAAACUCACUGCGCAGAUACUUGGGGCGGUUGGAGCGUCAUCGAAGAUCAGGGAGGCAAACGCCAGCGCUUUUGCACUGCACGGGGCCCUCGAUGCGCUGUUUGUCAGCUACCGCGGGCCCAGCGACGACGGAGAGCUGCCGCAAUGGGUCGAUUUUUGGAAUAGAGCUCAACCUAUCGUGGUGGAACUUGCCCGGGUUUUGGAUGAUAGUCGGGACACUUUCAUGGAGCCGCAAACAAAAAAGGAUGAAUGA